AAUCAGGACGCCGCAUUUCCGCGCUUACGGGUCACCGGCCCGGCGCGCCGCACGCCCUUCGUCAGCGCGCUCAAGCGCGCGUUGCCGUACUGGGUUAUCCACGACCACCAUGCUCUCCAUUGCCCGACGACGACUCGCGCAGCCGACACAGCUGCUGCGUGCGCCAACACUGCAGGCCCUGCGCUGGCAAACAACAACGGGGCCGAGGCUAAGCGAAGGAGAGCAGAUCAUCGCCGACAAGUUGAAGGAGCGGUUCUCCCCCACACAUUUGGCGGUGCAGGACACCUCCGGUGGCUGUGGGGCAUUCUACAACAUCGAGAUUGCAAGUCCUGCAUUUAAGGGCCUCCCCCUCGUCAAGCAGCACAAGCUCGUGAACGAGGCCCUCAAGAAGGAGAUUGAGGGCAUUCAUGGUUUGCAGCUGAAAACGCGCUCUGAGUAGUGCCACAUCGUCGCUUUGCUGUCCAUUGCUUUAUUGUAUGCCUUCCCUGGUCCCCGGUUACGACCGAUGAGACAACUGAAUCACAACCACCUGACGCUCCUCUUCCUCUCAUGAAGUUUCA